AUGUUAAGACUAUCGUUCUCCUUUCACAGCCUAAGGCGAUACACCACCUUCUCCACCAAAGACAUAGACCGGUCGAGAAAAUGGAUAGAGCAGUUCAGUUCCACUCAAAUCCCUAGCAAGCACUUUGAAAUCACGUUUUCAAGAUCAUCGGGACCUGGGGGCCAAAAGGUCAAUAAAACAUCAUCAAAAGCCACCGUAGCCAUGGAAAACGAUAAAUGGCUCAACCCUCAAUGGUGUUACUGGAUUCCUGAACCCAUAAGGGCCCAACUUAGGGAGAAGAAGGUACGAUAUCAGACGAAAACUGGGGGCAUUCUCAUCCAAUGUGAUACAUCAAGAAAUAGAGAUACCAACGUUAGUGAGUGUUUUGAACGGUUAACAGAGGAGAUCAAACGUGUAGCGUACUUUGAGCCUGAAGUCACGGAGGAGAAUAAGAAGAAAUGGGAAGAAUUGAAGGAGGUCAGUAAAGAGAAGAGAUUGUUUAAUAAGAAGAAGGUGAGUGAUAAGAAGAAGCUACGGUCUAAGAAGUUUGAUUUUUGA